GAGAGAACUGCUAUCAGUCUCUUUGACACCAUGAAAGUUUUCGUUGUUCUUGCCUUGGCUAUUGCCGCUGUUUCGGCUGGUGCCAUCCCGCCCCAAGAGAAAUUCAUUCAACCUCGACUCUUGCCAGAGGUCAUUCUUCCUGAGGGUCGCAUUACCAAUGGCAAGGAUGCUGCCGAGGGACAAUUUCCCUAUCAAGUUGGUUUGAGUUUCUCCAGUUCCAGCGGUGGCUGGUGGUGUGGCGGUUCCUUGAUUGACAACAGCUGGGUUUUGACCGCUGCCCAUUGCACCAGCGGUGCCUCCUCUGCCACCGUCUACUUGGGCGCCACUGUACGUACCAGCCCCAAGGUCACCUACACCGUUGCCAGCAGCGCAUUCCGUCAACAUGCCAGCUACAACUCGAUUCUCUUAAGAAACGACAUCUCUCUCAUCAAGAUCCCCUCGGUGACCUACACCACCUUUAUCAAGAAAAUCGAUUUGCCCGCCAUCUCCUCUUCCUACUCCACCUAUGCCGGUGAUAAGGCCAUCGCUUCCGGCUGGGGUUUGACCUCGGAUUCUGCCACCGCUGUUUCCUCCAAAUUGCAAUACGCCGAAAUGCAAGUCAUUGAAAACAGCGUUUGUGCCCAGACCUAUGGUAGCUUGACCAUCACCUCCAAGAAUAUCUGCACUGCCACACCAGCCGGUACCUCUACCUGCAGUGGUGACUCUGGCGGCCCAUUGGCUUUGGUUGGCUCUGGAAAAUUAAUUGGUGUCACUUCGUUCGUUUCCACUGCCGGUUGCCAAUCUGGUGCUCCAGCUGGUUUCGUCCGUGUCACCAGCUAUUUGGAUUGGAUCAAGGAGAACACCGGGAUUGUCUACUAAAUAGUUGGAGAAUAGUUGAAUAAAUUUUGAAAAGCUUUAAACGAG